UUUGCCUCUCAAAAAAAACAAAGGGCCAAAAAAAGUACUUAUUUAAGUACUACUACUGGUAAUUACGCAAGUAAUAAAACUUGGCGCCCUAAACUUUUCCUUACACAGAGGACCAAAAGCGUACCGCGCCGGUACUUCUUACCAAUAUAUAUAUCAGGGUAGGUUUUAUUCCAUUACUACGGGAGAAGAAGAAAUGGCGGUGGGGUUAAGACUCUUCACUGAGAGAGCCGGCGACGGCCCCGGAGUUCCAGUCCUCGAUUCCAACGCCGGCGAGGAGCUCAUCCACGUCCAGCAAGGCGUCUCCGUCGUCCUCGCCAACCGUCCGCCCGAGUCCCCCGGCACUCUCUACAUCUCCUCCAAGCAAGUGUUGUGGUUGAGCGACGUGGACAUGGCCAAAGGCUACGGGGUUGAUUUCUUGUCGGUGUCACUUCACGCAAUCUCUAGGGAUCCAGAGGCUUAUCCGUCUCCUUGUAUUUACGCCCAGAUUGACACAGGAGAUGAAGAUGGGGAUCAGUCAGAGGGCUCAGAUACAGAAGAUAAUGGAACUGUUCUCUUAUCAAAGGUCACAGAGAUGAGGCUUGUGCCAUCAGAUUCUAAUCAGUUGGAUACACUGUUUGAAAUUUUCUGCAAAUGUGCUGAAAUGAAUCCGGAACCCGUUGAAGAGGAAGAGGAAGGACACAACUGGAUUUUCAGUGCUGAUCAGAUGCAAGAUGAGGGCGCAGAGGGAGAAGAACCUGAUUGGCAUUUCUUUCAAGAUCCCACCAACACAAUUGGUCAUUCAAAUGGGGAUCACGACCUAGCUCAUACUGUGCUCGAGCAACUUGAAAUCAACGAUGAACGAUUUGAGGAUGCUGAAGAGAUGGAAGGUGAUCAUAACAGUGGCCAUCCAUAAGCUGUUUGAUCCACUUGCUGUUUCGUGGCAGCUUCAUAUCGACGAUUUUCGUUUUACUGACAUAGAGCAGCCGGAGAAUGACAAUAGCAGUGGCCUGUUUAUCCGUGUACUAUUACCUUGGCUUCAAGAAUUCCUUUUUACCUGUGGUCUUGUUACAUCUCCUUUUUCUAUAUUUGGACGGCCUAGAAAUUGCCUGUGAACCUUGUGCUUAUUAUGGCCCUCAUCUUCUAUUUCUUGCCUCUUGGACUUGGAAUCUCAUCACCCUGGUAUUUGUUAGUUAUGGGUGUUGCAAUGGAUAUGUAGAAUCGUAAAAUCCUUAAAAUUGUACCAGUCUUCUCAGUGUGACAGUUAUGGACCCUAACUUGGUCUACUGUGCUAAAAGACAUGUUCGCCAUUAAGCUUACCUGGAAAAAAUGGUGCACGACAUUUGGCUUGUUAGUCAUUCAUGUUAUCUACUACAAGCUCCCUUUUGGGUAAAAUGGUGGAUUAGUUUGAGGAAUCAAAUCCUUUGUACUGAAAUUCUGUGUACUGGUGCAUUUUCGGCCAUUAAUUUGGGGAAUCAAAACAUUUUGGUAAA